AUGGGGACAGUAAGACUCGCCUGCCGAGAGGACAUCACCUGCACGCAGGACAUCGGCAGCGCGCGGAGCAUCACCUGCGCAGCAGGCAUCGGCAGCAGCGUGCGGACCAUCACCUGCGCAGCAAGCAUCAGCAGCAUGCAGACCAUCACCUGCGCACCAGACAUCGUCAGCGCGCAGAAAGACACCUGCGCGCCAGACUUCAUCAGAGCGCAGAAAGUCACCUGCGCGCCAGACAUCGUCAGCGCGCGGACCAUCACCUGGGCACCAAACUACAUCACCUGCACGCAGGACAUCGGCAGCACGCGGACCAUCACCUGCACAGCAGGCAUCGGCAGCAGCGUGCGGACCAUCACAUGCGCAGCAAGCAUCAGCAGCAUGCAGACCAUAAUCUGCGCGCCAGACAUUGUCAGCACGCAGAAAGUCACCUGCGCGGCAGACUUCAUCAGAGUGCAGAAAGUCACCUGCGCGCCAGACAUCAUCAGCGCGCGGACCAUCACCUGCGCAGUAGGCAUCGGCAGCAGCGUGCGGACCAUCACCUGCGCAGCAAGUAUCAGCGGCGUGCAGACCAUCACCUGCACGCCAGACAUCGUCAGCACGCAGAAAGUCUCCUGCGCGCCAGACAUUGUCAGCGCGCAGACCAUCACCUGCGCACCAGACAUCAGCGCGCAGAAUGUCACCUACGCGCCAGACACCGUCGGCAACCACACCACCAGCUGGGCGCCAAACUACAUCUCCUGCGCGCAGGGCAUCACUAGCUCGUGAUCUCUCCAGGAGCUCUGGGACUGUGACACAAGAGCCUCAACAAGACGCUACCCUUGUGGACCCAUCACCCGAACUGUUUGAGUCGACAGGGUUAACGGACGAGACUUUUCUAGGGUUUGAUGACAGCCAUGCAGACGUAUCCAGCUAUACCCUUGAAAAGUCUCCAGAAUUGAGGACCAGUGAAGCUCCUGGAGCAGCGGCACCGCAGGAUGGAGAAGAGGUGCCAUGGACCAGCAGCGGAUUUGCGUCAGGGAUUGGUCCCUACUUCAGGCCGGAUCUAUUACAGGAUGAGUCGGACGACGAGGUGGAAGUGCAGCAGUCUGC